AGAAGGGCGCAGGCGCAACGGGCGGCGGAAGUAGGAGCCUGGGAAGGAAGAGGGAACGGUUUCUGGCGGUGCUUUGCAAAGGGCCGCGUUUCUGUUGCGGGAAGCUCCCGGAGGUCGUACGUGCGUCCGAGCCCAGGCCCCUCCCUUCCACUCCCCUUCCUGCGUGCCCCGGAGCCGCCAAGCGGCUACGUUCUUCUCGGCCUGCCGAGAUGGCGCUCGACCCCGCAGGAAUUCUAUGAAAUAUUGUAAGAUGAAAGAAGAACCGGUAGUAACAUGGUGGAGAGAGGCUUGAGGAACAUUCAUAGGAUUGAGAAUAUUACACAAUCUUCUAGAUUUAUAUGAGAAAAAAAGUAAAUCAGGCAAUGUAUUGCUAAGAAGGCCACAGUUCUAGUAUGGCUUGAAGGAAAGAAGGUGAAUUUUCCUAUUUUAAGAUGUCUCUUCGUCUACCCUUCCUCAUUUUACUCUGUCGUUAUAGCAAGAAGAGUAAACAGUAGCACCAAACUGUCUUCAGGAGCAAACCAGCAUCUCAGACAUGUCGAAAAAGAUGUUUUGAUCCCUAAAAUAAUGAGAGAAAAGGCCAAAGAGAGGUGUUCUGAACAAGUUCAAGGACAAAUAAAUUUUUGUGAAACAUUGCAGAUGUUAGAUGGAUUUGGGAGAAUUUUCCAAACUAAGUGGACGAACUUAUAUAGCUACAUAAAUAGUAAUUUUACCAAAUGUUGCAAGAACUCUGGAGUUCUUAUGGUAGUAAAAUGCCGGAAAGAAAAUUCUGCACUGAAAGAAUGUCUAACUGCUUACUAUAAUGAUCCAGCCUUUUAUGAAGAAUGCAAAAUGGAAUACCUGAAGGAAAGGGAAGAAUUCAGAAAAACUGGAAUUCCUACAAAGAAAAGGCUACAGAAGCUUCCAACAAGCAUGUAGGCAGAUACUCAAAUGACAUUCAGGAACUCUAAUAUUCAUGGAAGUCAUUUUAUAGUCCUUAAAUAAUGGACUCAAGCAUAUAUGUUUGCUUUACCUUAAUUAUGGAAAUAUUAAUUUUAUCUGAAAUAAAUAUUUUAUUUCAAA